AUGCUUAAUAUCAGCAAACUCGGUUUCUAUCUUCUACUCCUGUCAGUUGCCUUCGCACAGAUCCUAGUGGUCAGUGCUGCAGAGGACAACUACCUGGCUUCUGAUGAUGUGGAUGAAUUAUGUGGGUGGGUCCCGGCGAUUAUGUGGAGCACGACUGACGGGCUUCUAGCGGACGGGCUUCGAGAGAGAAUGAUCGCUGGAGGGUUAGAAGUUGGCGCAAAGAAGGACAAAUCGGUACAUGGGCACAUUGCAGUAGCAGAAGACAGCUUCGAAAGACAGCUAGAAAAUGUACACCGCCCGAGAUAA